GUGAGGCUCUGCGGCGUUUCCGCUGCCAAUCAGGCUGCUUCACCGGCGCGCUGGGCCCGCCGGGAGAACGCCGUGGACUCCACGGCUCUGCUGACUUUCCGGGUAGCGGGGUCUUUUCUGACGACGGCCUGCGAGGCGCGGGGAAUGAAGGAUGGCAGCACGCCGUGCAUUAAAAGCUGUUUUGGUAGAUCUCAAUGGCACACUUCACAUUGAAGAUGCAGCUGUGCCAGGCGCGCAGGAAGCUCUUAAAAGGUUACGUGGUACUUCUGUAAAGGUUAGGUUUGUGACCAAUACAACCAAAGAAAGCAAGCAAGACCUAUUGGAAAGGUUGAAGAAAUUAAAGUUUGAUAUCUCUGAAGAUGAAAUCUUCACUUCUCUGACUGCAGCCAGAAAUUUAGUAGAGCAGAAAGAAGUCCGACCCAUGCUGCUAGUUGAUGAUCGGGCUCUACCUGAUUUCAGAGGAAUACAAACAAGUGAUCCUAAUGCUGUGGUUAUAGGAUUGGCACCAGAACAUUUUCACUAUCAAAUUCUCAAUCAAGCAUUCCGGUUACUCCUGGAUGGGGCCCCUCUGAUAGCAAUCCACAAAGCCAGGUAUUACAAGAGGAGAGAUGGCUUGGCCCUAGGGCCUGGACCAUUUGUGACUGCUUUAGAGUAUGCCACGGACACCAAAGCCACUGUAGUGGGAAAACCAGAGAAAACAUUCUUUUUGGAAGCAUUGCGGGGCACUGGCUGUGAACCUGAGGAGGCCGUCAUGAUAGGAGAUGAUUGCAGGGAUGAUGUUGGUGGGGCUCAGAAUGUCGGCAUGCUGGGCAUCUUAGUAAAAACUGGAAAAUAUCGAGCAGCAGAUGAAGAAAAAAUUAAUCCAUCUCCUUACUUAACUUGUGAGAGCUUCCCUCAUGCUGUGGACCACAUUCUGCAGCAUCUACUGUGAGCCAUUAUAUGAAUCAGAAGCAACUUGAAUUGCAGCUUAUCAUCAUCUGGAAUGAAUCCCUCACCAACUCAGUGCCAGCAUAGAUAGACCCAUUCCACUCAGCUUCGACCAUGGUUUAACCCUCCUUUAUUGUGCAUUAAUUACAGAGAAAGGUACUGAAGUUCCACCAGCCAUGAAACCUUGAUUAUUCCUUUUGUUUUAUUUUGUAAGAGAAGAUGAGACUCAAAGAAUGGGAGAGCUGAGAUUCUAUGCCAUCCCUUUUAAAAUAUUCAUCAAGCUAGUCAGGGCUGGGAGGGGGAUCUGCUGUGGGAGAGGUGUUUUCUGCUAUCUCCUCGCUGGGAAGUGGAGAAGGGGUUGUGAAUAAUGUUGAAUGGUAUUUUUAAAUGACCAAGUAAUUUGUUAAAAGUUGCAUUAAGCUGUAGUUUUCAUGUUGAGUUCAACUGUAAAAUCCCUCAGACGUGCCAAGUGGAGUAUGAGUCAGAAGCAGCAGAAUAAAUUGUCCUUUAGCCCAAGUGAUGGAGUGAAUUUGCUUUAACGGAAGUUGAAAACUAGAUUAUCUACUGUAUUAUUCCCAGCAUGGGUGACUUCUUUUUCUCUUCAUUAGCCAGAGAUGACUAAUUUAAAUUUAGAACCCUGAUUUUAAUUUAAAAUAAUAUUUCCAUUAAUAACCUAUUCAUUGCAGAUACCUAUUAUACUGUGUAACAGUUGUUUUGGAAAUUUUAUGUAAAAUUAAAACUAUCAGUAUUUUACAGAUGUUUUAAUUAGACAUUGUUAUUAACAUGAACAGUGCAGAAACUAAAAUCAAGCCUUUAAUGUCUUAUAGACCAUGCAUUUUUGAAGUUAGUGUCCACCAGGGUCCUAUUAACUGUACAUUUGCAAGAUUUCAUUAUUUUUGCCUCUGACACUAUGGGAAAAAUCUUUUAGAAGCUAUUGGGACAGAUUCAGGCUUUUAUGUACUUGGUUACUACAGCUGUAAAAUGAAAUCUUGUCUCGUAGCAUGGCUGAUUCUUCUUGUGUUAAACCCACCAAAACGAAGGGGACUAAGGAGGUAAUGAUUUUCCUAGGGCAUUUGCGUACUGUGAUAAUCCUGGGCCUUUGCAGUUGUUUUACAGGGCUCUUGGGCAUUGAAUUAUUAGCAUGUAAUUGUGCAUCACUGUAGUGUCUUACUGAAGCACACACUGAUGUUAAUGAGCUUCGGGUUUUGAUGCUUGUUUAGAGAUCAACUUGGUCUUGGAUGGGAGGGAGCAAAGCUAAAUAAAUGGCAGCUCCCUCUGCUUUGGUA